AUGGAAGCCUAUCUCGAGCAGGUCAAGCAGUUGAGACUUCAGAAAAAGCCUAAAAAGCGGCGAGAUGGCUAUGGGAUGCAAAAUGAUGAAGAUGACGAGCGACGUGACGAAGUUCGAGUGAAAAUCCAUGAUCGCCGUAAAUAUGCUGAUUGUGCGAUACUUGUUGACAAUAAAUACGACGACGGAACCUGGGAGCGACUGCAUUACAUUCCCAAACAUGCUGUAAUCCGGGUCUACAUUGAUAAUACCACAUUUCUUUUGGUUGUGGGUGAUAUUGUGGAUGUGGCUGAUUAUUUUACGAGGAGAGAAUCAAAGGCUUACCUUUCGAUAGCAAUAGAUGCACUACCUCCAGAUUUAUUACGGUUAGUGCAAAUUGCCGAACGUGCCGAAACGCUGAUCAGAAUUGAGCCGAUUCCACCCGAAAUGCUAACCGGAAAAGAGGGGAUCCAGCUCGACAAUAUUCAGUUGAACUUCAAAGAAAUGUAUCUGAGUAGGGCUGAUAUGUGGAAAAUGCGAAAGGCAUUGAUCGGGAAAUGUUUAUUCCAAGAAACGGAUACCGUUUUACAACAACUAAAAGUGCAUCUGCGAAUUAAUGAUAUGUGGAGUAAGGGAAACGAAGUGAAACAUGGAUAUGUCGGAUCGGAUACUCGAGUAGUAUUUCGUUCAUCAUCUUCAAUGAUUCUGAUCUAUGUUCAAGUAUCGCACGAAAUGUGGAAAAUGGAAGAAGAUGGACAAGUCUACCUUGAAAAAUGCUGCCAUGGCUUUUUAAAGGAAUUGUUUGGGUUGUGGCAGGAGCAUAGCUGUUCUCAUUACGUCACCGUAAUUAUGUGUUCAAGAUGGUACUUUAAAAGACCUCCGCCAAUAGAAUUGCAAGAAACCGUCCAGACCGAUCAUCGCCAGAGGUAUUAUCGGGACUUUUACAAGCUCAUAGUCCAGAAUGAGCAUUAUGAAGAUUGGACGGAUAUUAUGCCAAAAGUUCGGAGCAAUUUCUACCGUUAUGAAAACGAAGUGCAAGAUGCGUUGCGUCAGGAAUUUCCCACUAUGCCAUAUAACAAUUUCGAGAUGUCAUCUGCCAUCGAUGCCAAUUUCCUUGAGCUCCUGAAUUUGAGUAUGAACAUGUAUUGUUUAUACCAUAAUGAUCGGCGCUACGAGACAACAGGACAACAUAUUAUCUAUAUCACUGCCGGAUCUGGGGUAUUUGAAGUCGAUGAAGCAGCUGUCAAUCCUACCAAGCAACGGCUGAUUGAUAUGGGAAUUUCGCUUGAUAUGGUGUGCAUCGGUCCUCAACCACUCCAUCUCACUCCUCUUUUUGUCUUCCACAACCCGUUAGAUCAAGUGUACAAGUACUACAUUCCACACUGGAUGAAUUAUUCCUAUUACCGGAUGAAGCCGAUCCAUAGUUUUGGGCGUUUUUGGCCCCAGCUGACAUUGGAUGAUGGCGAUUAUGCAAUUCGAGACACUGGCACCUAUCCUUGCGACUAUAAUAUACGGGAAAUUAUUGCUGACGACGGGGUCCGAAUGGCUGCUUCUCUGAAAAAAGAGGAUCGUCGUCUAAGAAUUACUGGAGACGAGGAAGGGGAUAGUCAGGAUGAUGAGGAAGUGAUGAGUUGUGAGACGAGCCAUGAGGGUACCAAAAUAUAUAUGACAAGCCUAUUGGACGCGGCUCGGACUAGAAGCAUCACGACUAGCGCGGUGGAAAUCGAAGCAAAUAGGAAGAAAGACAGGAGGAUCUCCCGCUUACACAAAACCAACCUGAAUAGCCCCACCUUCAGAAACAACAAACGCCAAAAAGACGUGAAAAGAAUUUCUACCGGAUCGUCGUUGACUUCCCUAGAUCCAGAAAUCUCGUUCGACAAGAAAAAAUACUCUGAUGCCGAACCACGAAGGCUGACGAUUGGUACAAUUGCAACGCAGACGGCCGAAGAGGAACAAAUGUUGAAGUCAGAUAUCCUGUCCAUCAGCCAAGUAAUCGAUCGACAACGAGUCAAGGAAGUAACCGAGCUGGAUAAGGUUCUAUUCUCGGAAGAACAGCCCAAACCGGUACCCAAGGCCGUGCAACGGCUAUCAUCCACGACUACAUUGAACUUGAAAGAAAGAUCAAACGCUGUUGGAAAGGGAGGGGGAUCUUUGGAAAGCACGAAGACGUUCAUCCCUGCUCGAGUACGAGAAUCAUCAGGGCCGAUCCCAAGAAAGGCUUCGACCGCCCGUUCCACCCAUCAUUAUCCGCAUCAAAGAAAUAAAGUCGCUAAUGCGUCCGCUGAAUUUCCCUUUCAACCGGAUACUAAGGUCGAUAUGACGGCUAAUCGUAGGAGAUGGAUCCACGUCUUCCCAAUGGAUGAGCGAGGGUUGAGUAAAUUGGCCCAUCAUUUUGUACAAGGCCGCUCAAUUAUGCAUGUGGUGAAUACGGAGGAGGAUGGGCCAAAUAAUAACCAAUCGAUUGCGGCGCAGGUCGGAGGAUUAAACGAGUCGCCCCUUCGAAGAGCCAACUCCCCACAGACUAGACAACCAUACGGUAGUCCGGUACGAGGUGGACCGAAUACCUCACCCUAUGAUGAUCACGGAAGGCAUGCCCCGCGCUACUUUGCAUGGGCCUGGGGUUCGACUGGAGAGGAGAAAUGGGAUCCAGAUAUUGUCAUUGGCAUGGAUUGGAAAUCACUUGCCCGUUCGGCUCUGCUCCCAAUCACCACCGACUUCUUCCCGGAUACUCUCACUAUUCGGAAUGAAUAUCAAGUUUAUAGCUACCAAGUUCUUGUUGAGAGGAAUCAGUACCCCAAUCCCUACAACUUGCCACUAUCCGAGAUAUCUCGACUUGUCUUUGAUCAACUAAUCUGCCAACGUCUACAACGCGGCUUCCAAAUCGUUACUUUAAAAAGGGCGCUGAUUAGAAGUGCCUUGGAAAAAGCUGGCUGGAGGAAUGACAAUGCCGAAGACGAAGUGACGUUGGCCUUCAAUCGUAUUUACCAUAGAUUGUUCCGAAGAAGCAAUGAUAUUCAUAUUACGCUAUUGGUAUCAAAAUCCGAAAACAAGGAUCAGCGGCCACCAAUUGUUGAUAAGCGAUUCCCGGAAAAAGUGGCACCAAAAUACCCGCCACCGCCACAAGCCGAAGACCAUUGCCCGGAUGAAAUUAUGUACGACAAGGAGCCCUAUGAUUACUACUUCAAAGUACCAGACGCGGAAUGCUAUGAAAAAAGUAGAACCAAUUUUGUUUCCCAUAACCUUGAAAAGAUCAAUUGGUCUUUGCUGGACAUGAACAUCAGAAACAGGAAUUUCCACAAGGAGAUCAGAUAUUACAAAUCCAGAUUCAUGAUCGUUCCACAAAUGAGCGAUCCGGAGCGAGCGAUUCAUGUGUUGAAUGACAAUAUUCGGGGCGAGGAUUUCAUCAUCAGCCCUCAGGAGCCGCACACAUUGACGACAAAUUUCACAAAGCUAAUGAUGAAUUUGAAUAGGCUGAUCUAUGUGCGAAAAGAAGAGGAGCUGCCACCAGAAGAGGAAUAUUUCGUACCCCUGACAGCAGCUGACCCGGACCAGGUCUUUGAGCGCUUUAUCGGCUUUUGCCACUGUGUCCCACUGGCAUACCGGGAUGAUGGGCUUCCGACGCAGGUCUCGCAACUUCCGGAAAAUACGUUCCUGUCGAUUGAUUUGAUUGACUGGCUGGUGAAGAACGUCGAGCAUUUGACGACAAAGGAAAAGGCGUUGGACUUUGUCAAUCGAGAUUGUCGUGUGAAGCCGCUAAAGCACACUAUCGUGGAACCGGAUGAGAAUGCUUCAACGCAUUCCCUUGACUUUGACUUGUCAACAAUUCGCUAUGGUUUCCAGUUAUGCAAUUUUGUGGAUUUCGAUCAAGAGCCGGAAGAACAUGAGACCCCUCCGACGCGUUAUAUGACUAUCGAUUAUAUCAAUGCCUGUUCGAGUCAUGGUUUUAAGGACGAUUGCCUGUACAAACGGGCCGACUUUGACUUCGAUUUUUCGCCUCGAAUGCUGGAGAUAGAGCCCGGGAAACUAGUGGCUGUGAAUGAUAUGAAUCCACUUGGCGAAUGGGGAAGGCUUGUCUACGAGCGUGGCUUCACCACCUCCAAAGCCUACGAGUUGAUGCUGAAAUGGUAUGUGGCGUCUGGGGUGACGGUUGGUGAUGCGGUACGCUGUUGGGUGACAAAAGCCGAGGAAUGCUUGUUUACAAUGUUCCCGGUGCCAGAAGAUGCUUUUGCUCUUCCCUACGAUCCACUCUCCAAUCCUUUGCGUUGUCCUAUCAAAAUUGAGAUAGAAAAAGACAUAAUCCCGGCUGAUCGUCUACUUGAAACAAUGAAAAGGCUUCUGACUUCAUUUGGAUUUGUGGCGAUGUAUUGUGGAAAGCACGGACUUUCACGAAAAAUGGAUCGCAAUCGAUUCCAAGAAGUGUAUCAAGCCGUUCAUGAAUGUGGUGGAAUGUUUGUAUCGGUUGAGCUGGGUGACUGGGUCGGAAAGGCAAAAGAUUUGGAAAAGCCUCACCCAUACAUUUAUUGGUCUUGGAAUCACAUGCUCAGUCAUCGAUACCGUGGAGCUGUCCUCAACGAAGUAAUGGAAGAAUUCCAAGAUUAUAUGCUUCGCGAAUUCCGGGAGGUCGUCUCAAACAAGGAUGAUCGACUACAAACCUUCUACGAGCGCAUCAACUGGGACAAACCGCCGCCGCGGCUCUUCCAAUCUGCUAGCAACCAUCAUUAU